CAACGUGUAUAAAAGAGGCUUAGACACCAUUACAACCGAAAGUAGCCAAAACUAUAGCCAUCAAACAGAACACCAAGGCUACGACUUAAAGCAACAGCAAUCUUGGGGCCAAAAGUCACACAUAUUACUACACGCAUCUAAACACUUACCCCCCUUUCGUUUAUAAUUUUCAUUGUUCAAGCUCACAAGCAAAGGUUAAAGUAGAUUCUCAAGCAAAACAAUAAAGCAAAGACGAGAGCAUAAUAAAGCCCCCUCAGCUACUAUUUCAUCUUUGAACGAUCACAUAAUCUUCUUUCAACUCCUCAAAGAUUGGAGCUGGAACUGGAGCAGGAACAUGGGUACUCUAACUACUGUUCCUGUGCUCCCUUCUAAGCUUAAGCCUUCUCUUUCUCCGCAUCAAAAUUCUCUCUUUCCCUACCGAAGACGGGUUGGGAAGAAAAACCAAGCAAUUGUGCCCGUUGCUAGGUUGUUCGGGCCAGCUAUAUUCGAAGCUUCAAAGCUGAAGGUUCUGUUCUUAGGAGUGGACGAAAAUAAACACCCAGGAAAUCUUCCAAGGACUUAUACGUUAACCCACAGUGAUAUUACCGCUAAGCUCACUUUGGCAAUCUCUCAAACCAUAAAUAACUCGCAGUUGCAGGGGUGGUACAACAGAUUGCAAAGGGAUGAAGUGGUGGCACAGUGGAAGAAGGUGAAGGGAAAGAUGUCUCUGCACGUUCACUGCCACAUUAGUGGAGGUCACUUUCUAUUAGAUGUAUUAGCUAAACUAAGAUACUUCAUCUUCUGUAAAGAGCUACCAGUGGUGUUAAAGGCCUUCGUUCACGGAGACGGCAACCUUUUCAACAACUACCCCGAACUACAAGAUGCAUUAGUUUGGGUUUACUUUCACUCAAACAUUCGAGAAUUCAACAAGGUUGAAUGUUGGGGUCCACUGAAGGAAGCAUCAGCACCCUCUUAUGGGUCCCACGAAGAGGAGGGAAAGGAAGAAAGUUCUGCAAGUAACGAGGGGUUGCCAAUGCCACAGCCAUGCCAAGAAGAUUGUCAAUGUUGCUUUCCCCCUCUCACGUUGAACUCAAUCCCGUGGUCUCAAGAAGUUCCCAGCCACCAUUACAAACCUUAUGAUGGGAUUGGGACCCAAAACAAUUUGUAAACAUCCAAACACACCUUAUAAAUCACGUCACAAUUAAGGGGAUACUGCCCAAUUCAUAUGCCCUUAUACGUCAAUUAGGAAAAAAUUAAAAUUAAAAUGAAAAAUGAAAAAUGAAAAAUUCAAACCCCCUUCCCCCAUUGUAAAUAGCAAACUCAUUUCCAAUUUUUUCUGAUUUUUCUUUACUAUAAAUUAAAUUGUUUCGUGUGUAAUAUCUGUGUGCAUGGUAAGCGUUUUAUCUAAAUAUUAAACCGACUUUU